GACAAGUCGGAAAACAUCGACUCGUCUUGUCGUCGUAUUUUUCUAAUCGUAAAUGGAUUAAAUAUUCGAAUUUUGCGGAAUAAUAUUGUUGUGGCAUUUGUGUUGUGAUUGUGAUUAAAAAUGAGUGAAAUUAGGCACCGACGUGGGGAAGGCGACGGCAACGAUAAAGUGGAAACUGCUGGAGAAUCUGACCAUGUUGAUUCGGAGGAAGAGAAGGUGUUAGAAGAGAAGUAUGUGGAUGAAAUGGCGAAGUCUUUGCCUCAGGGCACGGACAAGACGCCUGAAAUUCUCGACUCUGCCUUGUCUGGUCUUUCUUCUAGAUGGAGGAACUGGGUCAUUCGAGGCAUCUUCACCUGGUUAAUGAUCGGCGCAUUUUGUCUGCUGAUCUAUGGCGGUCCUUUGGCUCUUAUGAUUACGGUACUAUGUGUACAAGUAAAAUGCUUCGAGGAGAUCAUCAACAUAGGCUACGCUGUGUACAGAGUCCACGGCUUGCCAUGGUUCCGUUCCCUCUCAUGGUACUUCCUACUGACUUCCAACUACUUCUUCUACGGGGAGAACCUUAUCGACUACUUCGGUGUUGUGAUUAAUAGAACGGACUACCUGAAGUUCCUAGUGACGUACCACCGCUUCAUCUCGUUCAGCCUCUACUGCUGUGGAUUCGUCUGGUUCGUGCUGUCGCUAGUGAAGCGCUACUAUAUGCGGCAGUUCAGUCUGUUCGCUUGGACGCAUGUAGCGCUGCUCAUCGUGGUCACACAGAGUUACCUCAUCAUCCAGAACAUUUUUGAAGGACUGAUCUGGUUCAUAGUGCCGGUGUCGAUGAUAAUCUGCAAUGACGUCAUGGCGUACGUGUUCGGAUUCUUCUUCGGGAAGACGCCUCUCAUCAAGCUGAGUCCCAAGAAGACCUGGGAAGGAUUCAUUGGAGGUGGAUUCUCCACUGUCAUAUUUGGACUUGUGCUCUCCUACAUGAUGUCCCAAUACCCGUACCUGGUGUGCCCGAUCGAGUACUCGGAAUCGCUCGGCCGCAUGACGAUGGACUGCGAGCCGUCGCAGCUGUUCCGUCUGCAGGAGUACACGCCGCCUCAGUUCGUGCAGCCUGUCAUGAAAGUGCUGGGCAUGGAGAAGUUCAACAUGUACCCGUUCAUGAUCCACUCGCUCGCACUCAGCAUCUUCAGCUCGGUCAUCGGGCCGUUUGGAGGCUUCUUCGCGUCUGGAUUCAAGCGUGCGUUUAAGAUCAAGGACUUCGGCGACGUGAUCCCCGGUCACGGCGGCAUCAUGGACCGCUUCGACUGCCAGUUCCUCAUGGCCACGUUCGUCAACGUCUACAUCACCAGCUUCAUCCGCACCGCCACGCCGCAGAAGCUGCUGCAGCAGGUAUACAACUUGAAACCAGAACAGCAGUUGCAGUUAUUCUACGCUCUCAAAGAGUCCCUGGAACACAGGAACAUACUCAACUUGGUACCUUAAACGUCUAGGCCAGCCCCAGGUAUCUCACCUUUAAAUUAACAAAUAUUGACUACUAAAUUGUACGUGGGACUUUACACUUGGCGGUCGGAACGCUGCGUUUUUAAAACCGCAUGAAGUAAAAGUAAAGUUUAUGUUGGUUUGUUGCUAAAUCAUCUACAGUAUUGAAUCCUCUUUAGUUAUUUAUAGGUUUAUUUUUCAAUAAUAUGAAUAUUUUUAUUUUUCUGUGAUAAUACAUGCAUGUAUACAAAUUAAAUACGUGUAUGCUAUUUUUCUUUCGUUCACAGCUGUAUGUCAGCAUUUGACAGAUCCCAACACUUAAUAAAAUACCUGAAAAGUAGUCUCUCAUUGAGAGCAUUUGUGUGUAAGGCCCUUCAUCGACUUGCUUAUGAUUUAAGUAUAAUAUGGUAUCUUUAAAUAUUCGUUUUUGAACUUUACAACAAGGAAUUCUAGAUAAAAUCGAGUCUUGGCUUAUUACAUUACACGCGAAGGCUCCCAAUGGGUAAACACCUUUACUAUUUUAUCCUUUUGUUCUUACAUUAGGCGUUUCGCGUUUGACCGCCAAGUGUGACGGUGCUGUAAGGUUGACAUAUCGUGUGUACCUUGAAAAGAUAAAAAACAUAUUCUAGUCCGUGAUUACUGAAUCAUUUACUAUGAUACAUAACAAAUUACUAGUAAGAUUAAAACAUUUACCGUUAACUUCCUUGAUAUAUUCGAUAUGUUCCAAAAUAUCAAAGUGAAUGAUUCAAUUCAAUAUAGCAAAUAUAUUAUUUAUCCAGAUGCGGUUAAAUACCUGGAUUUAACUUAAUAUACGAAUAGGGUCUACAUAGAUUUUAAUAGUGAAAUAUUAAUAAUAAUAUAAAACAUCUUAUAGUAUUUGAAACCAAUACACAGUCAGAAUCGUCUUACAUUCCAUUAUGACAUCGAUUUAUAUUAUUACCACGAAAGUUAAGAAAUAUCUUCCAAAUAUACGUUUUUUUCACGCGUUUGUAAAAUCAGACUGUGUAAAGGUUUCUUUAUUGACAUAAAAACUUUUAAAAAAAAUAUAGCAAAUACGUCACUACUGUCAAUCAAUUUUGAAAAAUCCAAUUUCGUAAAACGAAAUGAAGGAAUUAAACUUUUUUCAAAGAACUAAAAUUGCUUCAGUGGGUCUAGACAAAGUGCACUUUUUGAUCGAAUCGAAAAUCGAAUCCGUCAAAACUCCAUACAAAAAAAGGCUUUUUGACCACUUUUCGACUGGUUUGCGAUUAAAAUGUGCACUUUGUCUAAGUACACUUUUUGAUCGAAUCGAAAAUCGAAUCCGUCAAAAUUCCAUACAAAAAAAAGCUUUUUGACCACUUUUCGACUGGUUUGCGAUUAAAAUUUGCACUUUGUCUAGACCCACAGUAUUCGUUUACGUUUUGGGCUUUUCAAAACUGAUCUCUAUUCUUAGGAUAAAAUUAGGAUUAUUCUAUAAAAUUAUUGAUAGUACGAUGUGGUCUUAGCUUGUGUGAAAAACUCGAAUUUUUAUUACUUUAUUAGUGUCUUCUUAUUAACUUUACGGUGAACGGGAUAGGUAUUUUGAUGAUUAAAGAAAGUGCUUUUAUCUACCCUACUAAAGAGACCGUAUUCGACCUUCGGAUUACAUUUUGAAAUACCAAAGAUCGUCUCCUGAUUCCAUCUCCUUUUCUCUUUAACAAAUGAAAAGAGACGACUAUAAAAAUGAGUUAUAUUUUUCGUCAGUGCACGUGUAUUUGGCUUUUUCAUUUCCUAAAGGUCAAGUAAAGUACGGCCAACGAGAAGUGAUACCAAAUGUAAACAAACCCAAUGUCAUGGUCAUUUGGAAUAGCAGGGGUUUGACUUUGACAUAUUUUGACGGGAGAACGAGACAUUACGACAAAUACACAAGAUGGGAAGAGACAAUAGAUUGUCAGUUCGACAGUCGAAUCGACCUAUUGUAUCGCUGCUAGUUGGCCGUACUUUAGUUAUCAAUGCAAUUUGUGUUUACUUUAUUUUGCUUUAAAAUUCAAGUGUUAUAGAAGGUAUUGUUACUUCAACUUUGUAACUUAAUGCAAGUCUCUGGGUUGGUGUAUUACUCCAUGCUUUAUUCUGUACCUAAAUAAUAUCUUGAAUGUUGGAUAGAAGUAUUAUGAUCAGCGAAAUAAUAUAAUAAGGAUGGUUUUCGCUAUUAAAAUAACUUUUCCUUCUACCUUUUGUUAAGAAGUAAUAAGUAUAGGUACUAUCUAUAGUGGUACUAUAAAAUAAAGUACUUUCGUAUUUGUCAGGCCCAAUGUUGGAAGUUUUGCAUAAUAACAACCGAUGACAUACAUGACAAUGUUUGUUGAGUUAUUAUAGCAACUAAAAAGAAUUUCCAUAAAUUGUUAAAUAACCAUUUUAAGGUUUAC